UGGCCUCUGGGUGUGGGAGGAGCCUGGGCACCAGGGACCGGAUUGCAGACAUUCAGCGAUCAGCAUCAGCAGCUUCCAAUACAAUUUCAUUGUCGAUCGCCCUCCAGCAACCAGUGCUAUGAGUCCCCCACCCGGAGAAACCCCACCAGCCGGUGGCCGGAGCUAUGAGCCCCGGUGAGACCGCCACACACCAUGGUGCAGAAAUCCCGCAAUGGAGGGGUCUACCCCGGCCCCGCCGGAGAGAAGAAGCUGAAGGUGGGCUUUGUGGGGCUGGACCCCGGGGCCCCGGAAUGCAGCAGGGACGGGGCUCUCCUCAUUGACGGCUCCGAUCACACCACGAAGAGGAGCAGCAUCCUCAGCAAGCCCCGAUCUACCGUAGCCGGUACCGGGAAGCCCCCCAAGCGCAACGCCUUUUACCGCAAGCUGCAGAAUUUCCUGUACAAUGUGCUGGAGAGACCCCGGGGCUGGACCUUCAUAUACCAUGCCUACGUGUUCCUGCUGGUCUUCUCCUGUCUUGUUCUUUCUGUCUUCUCUACUAUCAGAGAGUAUGAGGAGAAGUCGGAGGGGGCGCUGUACAUCCUGGAAAUUGUCACCAUUGUGGUCUUUGGAGUGGAAUACUUUGUGCGGAUCUGGGCCGCUGGCUGCUGCUGCCGUUAUAGAGGGUGGAGGGGGCGGCUGAAGUUUGCUCGUAAGCCAUUCUGUGUCAUUGACAUCUUGGUGUUGAUCGCAUCCAUAGCGGUCCUGUCUGCAGGAUCACAGGGGAAUGUCUUUGCCACGUCAGCCCUCAGGAGUCUAAGGUUCCUGCAGAUUCUGCGGAUGAUUCGUAUGGAUCGGAGAGGGGGAACAUGGAAACUACUGGGGUCUGUGGUGUAUGCACACAGCAAGGAACUGAUAACUGCCUGGUACAUCGGCUUCCUGUGUCUGAUCCUUGCUUCUUUCCUGGUGUAUCUGGCAGAGAAGGAGGAGAACAGUGACAUGUUUGAUACAUAUGCAGAUGCCUUAUGGUGGGGUUUGAUCACUCUGACCACCAUUGGUUAUGGCGAUAAGUAUCCGCAAACUUGGAAUGGCCGCCUACUUGCUGCUACGUUUACACUCAUAGGAGUUUCCUUUUUUGCUCUCCCAGCUGGGAUUCUUGGUUCUGGAUUUGCCCUUAAAGUCCAAGAGCAACAUAGGCAGAAACACUUUGAGAAGAGACGUAAUCCUGCUGCUGGAUUGAUUCAGGCAUCAUGGAGAUUUUAUGCCACCAACUUGUCCCGCAUGGAUCUGCACUCUACGUGGCACUAUUAUGAACGCACUGUCACUGUGCCAAUGUACAGCUCUCAAACGUACGGUGCAUCCAGGCUAAUCCCACCGCUCAACCAGCUGGACCUUCUGCGGAACCUGAAAAGCAAAUCAGGACUAACAUUCAGGAAAGAGCAGCAGGCUGAGCCUCCACCCAGCAGCCAGAAAGUAAGCCUGAAGGAAAGAGUAUUCUCCAGCCCCAGAGCUGUUUCCACAAAAGGCAAAGGUUCUCCCCAAGCCCAAGGCAUGCGACGUUCCCCAAGUGCUGAUCAAAGCAUGGAAGACAGUCCUAACAAAGUGACCAAGAGUUGGAGCUUUGGAGAUCGGGGGCGAACCAGACAAGCUUUCCGCAUCAAGGGAUCAGCAUCACGGCAAAACUCUGAAGCCAGCCUUCCAGGGGUGGAACUUCCUGAAGAUAACAGGAGUUGCAAUUGUGAGUUUCUGGCUGAUGAUCUGACCCCCGGCCUCAAGGCUUCUAUUCGAGCUGUGUGCAUAAUGCGCUUUCUGGUGUCCAAACGUAAAUUCAAGGAGAGCCUCCGACCGUACGACGUCAUGGAUGUUAUAGAACAGUACUCAGCUGGACAUCUUGACAUGCUCGCCCGGAUCAAAAAUCUGCAGUCCAGGAUAGAUAUGAUUGUGGGUCCCCCACCCCCUUCAACACCCCGGCAUAAGAAGUACCCAACCAAAGGAUCAGUGCAUUCUACCAAAGAAUCUCCCCAGUACUCUCCUAGAGUGGACCAAAUUGUUGGGAGAGGAGGUUCCAUCACUGAUAAGGACAGAACUAAAGGAGCAACUGAAUCGGAGAUGCCCGAGGAUCCAAGCAUGAUGGGCCGUUUAGGCAAGGUGGAGAAACAGGUGCUUUCAAUGGAGAAGAAGCUUGACUUUCUGGUAAACAUCUACAUGCAGAGGAUGGGUAUCCCACCUUCUGAAACGGAGGCCUACUUUGGGUCCAAGGACCGCGAGCCAGCACCUCCAUAUCACAGUCCCGAGGACAGUCGGGAUCCUGUAGAAAAGAACAGCUGCAUUACAAAGGUUAUUCGCUCUACGAGUUCAGUGGGCCAAAAAAACUUUAGUGCUCCACCUGCACAGGGGACAGCAACAACUUAUUGUCCUCCAUCCACAUCAUGGCAGCAACAACAGCCAUAUCACCGACGCAGUCAUGGCUCUUCACCAGUGGCUGACUCUAAUUCCAUGGUGAGAAUCCCUCCUCCACCAUCACAUGAGCGCUCACUUUCUGCAUUUGGAGGAAGCAGGAUGGGUGCUGGUGAAGAAGGGUCUGCCAAACAGCGAGACACUGCAGCCCUUAGAGAUAGUGACACCUCCAUAUCUAUUCCUUCUGUGGAUCAUGAAGAGUUAGAACGCUCUUUCAGUGGCUUCAGCAUCUCUCAGUCCAAAGAGAACCUGGAUGUUUUGAACAAUGGUGCAGUGGUGGGUUCUGGCCCUAGUAACAAAGACCGUCCUUACAUUGCAGAGGGAGAGUCAGACACAGACUCCGACCUGUGCACCCCCUGUGGCCCACCCCCCAGGUCAGCCACCGGGGAGGGACCUUAUGGUGAGAUGGGAUGGCCAACUGGCAAGUAAUCUGUUUCCUGGGAUUAUUUUGGACUUUUGUAGAUAUUGGCAUUUAGUCAUUAAUGUAAUGCACCCAGAAUAAGGGUCUCCUUGUCUACACCCUCUUCCAAAGGUGCAACCACAUCCAAGAGUUUAAAAGUAAAUAUGGCAUUUUCAAUUUCACCAACUCAUUGUUGUUCAAUGCAAAUUUGCUUAAAGAGCCCAGUACCUUGGGUCAGGUACCAUAUAUGUUUUCGUUACAUUCUUGGGUUAUAUAGGUAAUUUAGCCCUGUUUGUGAUUUGUGGAUAAAUAGCCAUCGAUUUUCAAGUACCCAUUUGCUGAAAGUUGGAUUUUUAAGAUCUUUCAGUUUAUAAAGAACCUGCCACAACUUUUCUUCAUAGUCUAAAUUCAGAAAUGGCCUUUUUAUAUGUAGAUCUUUGUAAACCUCAAACAAUUCCUCUACCUGUUAUUUUUCUUGUGUAAAGAGCUCCCUGAAAUUCACAGGUUCUUGUUUUUACACAAUUUUUAGCUUUACACAUUUGUUAUCAAGAGCUCUACAAAGUCCCUUUUUCAUGUGUAUGGAGCUUUUCAAAACCACAACACAUCUUUAUAUAUACAGGGACAUACAAAGCUCAUGCAUCCCUUCUGUAUCAGUAUAGAGAUAUAUCAAAUUCGGAGUUUCAAACUGGAUUGUUUCGCAUAGCUUUCCAACGUAAAAAAGACUGGUUCUUUUAGGAGCAGCUUCUGAAGAUGGUCGGACAUCUAGAUGUAACACUGUGCUUUAUACUCCACUCACUUAUCAAACACUUUACUAGUAAACAGUUCUAUACCAGAAAGAUCCAAGGGCUAACCUGAGUCCCAUCUAGUUUACAAAUACCAAGAUCUCAUCUGGUGCUGUUGAACAUUUUACUUUAGGAUCAUAUAUAAGUUACUGUGUCCUCAGUCCAUAUUACAUGAAAAGUGAUGACUUUAAUCAUAACACACUAAUAACCCAAUAUAUAUUUAAAUAUUAUAUAUAGACAAUGUACAUGCCUUACACAAUUUUUGUAAGAUGUCUAUGGGGUAGAUUUACUAAAAGUUCUAACAAAGGAAAUGUGGAGGUAUUUCUCCUAAAAACCAAUGCAAUUCUAGCUAUCAUUUAUCUAGUACAGGCUACAAAAUGAUAGUUAGAAUUUGAUUGGGCGCUAUGAGUAACACCUCCGCUUUUUAGGACAUUAUCAUUAGGCAUACUGUAGUGUAGCCUAUGGAAGGUACUGAACAUAGUUGUAUAAAAGUCCUGACACUUGCAUUCUGAUAGUCAGGCAUGGACACUACUCAUGAUGAGGGCUGAUUUUCUAAACAGCAUCAGAAACAAUCUGGUGUUUGUGUCUUACAACACCUUUUCUUUAUUUUAUAUAGCCCAAACAUUUAUAUAUGUUCCCAAAUGUAAUCUGUAAAUAUGCUGUGCAUGCUGCUAACUCUGUAAUUAGGAUGCACUUCAUUUUACAACAUUCACAAUGUCUACAAUCAUUUUUUAGGCAUUGCAAUGUCGAGCACACUCUCUCGUCCUGGUACUAAUGUUUGUUAAACCAUUUUUACCAUAUUGCCAGUAUAGUUUUAAACAUGAUGCUUUACCAUCAUGCUUAACCUCAUAUUACUGACACAAUUACAUUUUGGCUGCCGACAAAUUGAAGGGAAUAGAUUAAAAGUUGACAUUAGAUACAUGUGGACUUUUUGUACAAAAGUGUGUUUCAUUCUUACAUUUUCAGAGAAACACACUCUUAGUUAGGCUACUGAAAAGAUGAGUCCUAGUACCCAUUCCAUCUUCUUCAUGGUAUAGUCAGGAUUUACCACUAGCGAUGGAGCAGUCCGUAGCUGGGCUCCAUAUCAAAAUAUGGGUAGGGGUUCCAGUGAUGCCACUGUAGCUUCAUGGGCCCCACUCCCAAGAGCAGAACAGGGGCCUCUUCUAAGCAUGCUUGGGAAGGAUUGGGGUCUUCGGAUGGGGAGUUGGGUGGGUGGACCACCCCUUCCACGCCCUUUAGCUGCAUGACCUCUAGUUAUGCUACCAUUUGCUCUUCAUAAGAUUAAUUGAAGUGCAAUGGUUUAGUAAAGUACUAAAUUAUAUUUUAUCUAUAUUUUACUCAAAUAAAUUGUAUUUGUUUCUGCAGUAAUUGCUGUGAUUGUGAUCGGUAUAAAAAGGAUCACUGAAGAAAGACAUGAUGUGGUUGCAUCUUUAAACUCUUGAGGAAUGCUCUCUAGGGAGGAGGGCAUAGGAUGACAUUGAUGAGCCUUCCACAUUCUAAGCUCAGGAAGGGUUACAAUGGGCAUGAGAAUGCUUUCAAUGUAUUAAUUUAUAGCAUUUGGGUUAAAGGGGCAGCUGGGAGGAGAAAAUUUACUUUUUAUAAAUAGACUCCCAGGCUCCUCUCACCAGCCACAUCUGCAUUGGUUCCAACUACUGGCCCACUGGCUUCUGCUUGUAUUUAUUUGCAUUCCAGUCUUGGGUUUUUGUUGCACUUAUUCUCUCCAAAGAAACUUUUUACAUAAUUGCCUUUUUUCAUUCCAGUUCUCCAAUGGGUCAGAUAAAAGGCUCUUAUAUAUGGCCCACUGUGUUGGGGAGGGGGGCCAUGCCAGCUUCACCACACUGUCUGCAUCUUGGGUUGUCUGCACCUUGUGCAUGGCUGUCUUGUUGCAAUGUUCUGCAGCCUGCAAGAGAAGGCUCAAUCUUAUGCUGUGCUUCCCUUUCUGUUAUGCAUUGUGAAUGAUCAGCCUUAACCUGAUGACUGACAGAAAUGCAUGCAACAUGUACACAGAUCCCUGCAAGCUUUGAUGGUGGGGAAGUGGUUUGAAGGCAAGCAAAAACAACUUCCCUGGGCGCUUUUGGUGUCAGAGGGUAUAGCAGUUCAUUGCUGUGCAAUUUACUGCAAGGUCCGCCAUGUCUGCCAAAGGGUUUUUCCAAAUAUCUCAAAGUUAAUUGGGUAUUUCUCACUUUGUUUCCCAAUUUGGAUUGUGAUGUCAUUUGACUGAAAAUGCUAUAGUUGUUGGCCUUCAGAUGACAUCUAUUUAUUAGCUUGUACAUGCGACCUCCCAACUUGUACUAACUGUGUUGUUUUUGCUUACUAGAUUAAUUUUGUACUUUUAAGAACUAUUUUCAGUUCUCUCCUGAUUGGAUACAAUUACUGGGGUGGUGGAUCGGGGGAAAAUGUUUCAGGUAUAAACCAUGGCUGAAAUGCUAAAAAAAAAAAUCACAACUGUUAACUAAAUCACUGUUUUUAGCAGGAGUUGCAGGAGGGUAUGUACAAAUCAAUAAUGAAAAAAAAAAGUGAAAUCUCCUUUAUCCUAUUCUCUUACAGCAUAUUUGUGCAAUGCUAGGAAUUUAGAUAAAAUCGCAUCACAAAAUUCUUGCUUACCUCAGGAUCCCUAAAUUCCUAGUCUUGGGACUGCUGCAACAUUUGACUACAUUGUGUAUGGUCCUAAAUCUAAUAUAUAAAGAGGCCAAACAUUUUAACUUUACUGAUGAUUAAAUAUGUCUGGCACAGGCCAAAGGAUGGAAUGUGAGCACUUUCCCUGCCGGAGGCCUGGUUGCUCUAUCUCUCUUGUGGUGGUGCAACACACCAUGUUGCCUCCCAUCAGUGCCAGCAGGACCUUGAGUAGGGUUUAUCUGCUCACCCUUAACUUGUUCUAAAGGUUUCCAGCCUCGCUGAGUGCCUUUCCAUGCAAAGAGAGGCUGAUAUGGAUACAUUGAGAGGAAGUCAUUAAAACAUAUUUGUAUAAUU